AUGGACACCAGUUGUUCAUACCGAGUUGCAAUUCCUGCUCCGCUCACCCAGCCUCUGGAUUGGGAGCCAGUGAAUGAGAUACCAUACUGGGAUUUUACACAGUUUCACAAGGACGUUCACCAGAUAUUGAAAGACGCAAACGUUGUUGUAUGCGCGCAACGCCUUGUCAAGCGAUUCCGACCAGGGAUGGUCAGCGCGCCAACAACACUCUUGAUUGAGUCUGAUCUCUCCAUCGAUGGCCAAUACAUGUGCUGGAAGACUGGAGCUAAGAGGCUUCGAAACUUUCUCGAUAACCAUGGACUCGAACAACUUCUUGUCGAAAUUAUCGACAGCAAAGCUGCUUAUCUGUUUUCCGCAGGCCCUUUACUCGACUGCAGGCCAGGGUUAUUCGCGAACUGGCGGCUCUUUGUCCCAACACUGCUUGAGGAGAUCAAAGAACAGAAAUGGUUAGCCAUUGAUGUUGUUUCGCGAGAGUUUGGGACCAAAUUUCCAAUUCAUGUCCCCACAGUCCUGAUCACUACAAAAGAUCCUGAGAAUGAGAUAUGGCGACAGAAGAUCAUUCCAAGGCUGCGAUACUGUUUGCCACCAGAUAUGGACAUAGACAUUCUCUAUGGUUCUCAACUGUCACACGCAGCAUCAAGCACACAACCAGAUAACCACACAGCCAUGGAAAGUCCCAUAGAAGAUGCCAGUCCACUAGCGAUCCACUGCACCCUGAUGGAUUACUCCAACGUAGUUCAAAUUGGCUCCAGUAUUGGAUUAGACCAGUCUAGCAGCUCAGCCACCAUCAGCGCGGUAGUCAAGUUGCGCAACAGUGAGGGCAAGGAAACGACUUGCGGGCUAACCAACCACCAUGCCAUCGCACCAGAAAAUAGUCUUGCAGAAAAAAACUGCCCUAUAGGACGUUUCCUUUCCCCAGAUCACGAGAUUUGCCGCGGCGAGCUUGUUAGAGUUGUUGCUCCAUCACAUACCGAUCACCAAAACCUUGUGAAGUUCACAUCCCGGGAGCGUGCUGGAAUGCAAUUGCGGAUUCAGAACCUCAUUGAUUCGCAUAGGCAAGAAAGUCGGUUUUACGAUACCGAGAAUCAGAUGCUCCAAAAACACAUUGCAGACUACAAAAUACUCAAUGACAAUCCCAAUCGGCUCUUUGGGACUGUAUUUGCUUCAUCUGGGUUCCGGAUAUGUAACAACACUAAUUACACAAUCGCACAAAGAGAGAGCUUCUCUCAGGUCGCGAGCAUAGACAACAUAAGCUCACCCUCCUUGCAUACUCGUAUCAACGGCCGCACUUUGGACUUUGGUCUUAACUGGGCUCUAGUUAAAUUGGCCACGGACCGUCAACUCGCCGAUUACAUCACCGGUGUACCUUUACAUAUCAAGAUCCCAACGUCAGCUAGCGCCACAAGAUAUACACAGGUCAAGCAUGACCGUAGCUACAACGUGGUCAAAAAAGGGAGAAGCACAGGAUGGACUGUAGGCAAAAUCAGUCGAAUUGGAUCCCUCCUUAACCUCAGAAACGAUAACACCAACAUUGUACCAGUCGAUCUCAGCCAUCGUUAUGGCGCAGCAAAUGAUGUCAUUUUGGCCUUUGGGGUGGUUCACGAGCAAAAGCACAAGGAUUUCAUGCGGGGAGGAGACUCUGGCAGCUGUGUUUUACUCAACGAAGACAACGCCACUGCCACGAUGGUCGGACUACUCUUUGCUUCAAAUGAGUUUACACGAGUCUCUUAUAUGAUGCCAAUAGAUUUGGUCAUACGAGAUAUUGAAUAUGUAACCAGGCAAAAGGUAACCCAGCCAAAAUUCAUAGAGUACGAUAAACGGUUUGACGGACUUUGA